AUGAGAACUGAGGUUGCUGUGGCGAGAUGUGCCCAUGUAGAGAUAGUUUGUGAAGACAAGAACUGGAGAGAUGGCCCUUGCAGUGGCCAGAGAUAUCAGUUUUGUUUAUCCCCAGACUAUACCUUGUUAGAGUGUACUUCAUCUCCUGAAGUAAGCGGUGUUAUGGAGGGCAGCGAGGAAGCUGACAUCGAUGCCAUCGUCAAGGUGAAGACCGUCCUUAUCCGCCCCAUGCCCAUAGAUGCCCUUCGCACAAGCAGGGUAGAGACGGUAUGGCAGGAAGACAUCCAUCCUUCUUCGUCCGCUGAAGAAGUCCAACCAGCCGCCCGACUUCCAACUUCUGGUAUUCCAAUACUUCAUCCGAGCCGUGUUGACGUGUCACGUCUGGUCGAACUCGAACACAGAUUGAGCAUCAACUUGGUGCCUGAAUUCUCAGAGAACGCUGUCGAGAACUGUCCUCGGGAGCCUAGCACCGAUAAUUCUGACCGGCUGUCUGAACACACCCCCUCCGGUCAUUGGGAAUCCUCAGCAAAUGGCUUUGUAUCCAUUCAGUCCCCGGCCCUAGGGCCCGGGUCUGUUACCGAUCUGGCCCCUGGACUAUCGUAUCAGGAGGUGCUUCUGGAAGACUCGCCCACCCUUCCGUUCCUCCACCCUUCCGUUCCUCCACCCUUCCGUUCCUCCACCCUUCCGUUCCUCCACCCUUCUGUUCCUCCACCCUUCCGUUCCUGA